AUGUCUCGCCAAGGGAAAGGUACCAACCAUGUGUGGACUGCUGAAGAGGAUGCAAAACUCAUUGAAUGUAUGCUUCAGUUAAAGGGAUGUGGGAGAUUUAAUGGUGAAAAUGGAAAUGGGCUGAGAAAGGGAUAUCAGAAAGAACUAGAGAGGAUGUUACAAGAGAAACUACCUGAACAUGGUUUGAAAGAGAAGCCACAUAUUGAAUCUCGUUGCAAGACAAUGAAGAAACAAUAUUAUAUGAUUUGUGAAGUCCGAAAUAAUGGACAACUAAAUGGUUUUGGUUGGGAUGACCAAAAAAAAUGUGUGACAGCAAGUGCAGAUGUAUGGGAUGACUAUUUGCGGGAUAGAGCUAAUGGGAACAAUGCAGAAGUUCCUGCAGAUAUGGUUGAAGAAAUAGUUAGAGAGGAAAAUGUUGAUCAAGAAGAUGGUGAGGAAUCUGACGGUGACGAUGACCCCAAUACACUGGCAGCCAAUCCUGGAGAGUAUUUGAAUAAUGCCUUCACAACUCAAAUGCAAAAAUCUGAUGAGCAAAUACUUAAAGUGGCAGAAAAUUUUGCCGGAGGAGGUAAUCAGAAUGUGGACAAUUGUCACAAACUAAAUGAAGAGCUGCAAAAAGUGGAUGUGCUGACAGCAGUAGAGAAACAACGAGCUACUAUGAAACUUGUUCAUGAUCCAAAUUUGUUGGACUACUUUUUCACUCUUGGCGCUGAUGAGAAGGAGAUUUUUCUGGUUGAGCUUCUGGUUUAA